ACGGGGCGUGCGUCAGCCACCGCAAAAUCGGCAAAAUCUAAGACUGUCAACGCCGAACGCUGUGAACAAGGUGAAGGAUGAGUUGAGGUCAGAGCAGGUGCAACGUAUCCAGAAGCUUUAAACCAAAAAUCUGGAGAAGAUAACGCAUUCCUUAUCUUCCUUAUCAUGAUCUGAGUAUAAAAAUAUUCCAUUUGAAGAGUGCACCCUGUAGAAUACACACUAUAUGCACAAGAUUGUUUCACCAGCUGACGCAUUUUACUUUACCAACAUGGAGACUACUGCUACCGCUCCUGAAAAAACUGUCGAAGGCGUGGAUAUUCAAACUGAUGAUGGGGGUGAAGAGGCCGAUAAAACAAAAGGGUAUAUUUCAAAUCUAUGGAGCACCAUCCGACCAGAAGUCCUGUGCCCCCAGUAUUCCCAUCUGAUGAGCUUGUGCUUGGCGAUCGCGGGCACCCUUUUGACUUUCGGAGCGUUAAUUUCGCUACUUGGAAAUGCUGCAAUGCCUCCUGACGGAGGAAUUUUCCAGUUGGUCAUGCUUACAUUAGUAGCCCUCGCACUUGGAUUUUUGGCGAGCCUUUGCAAGCUCCCACCAUUGUUGGGCAUGCUUAUUGCAGGAAUCAUGCUUAAAAACGUUGGAGCAUUUAACCUUGAAGGUACUUACUUGGAUGCUGUGUCCACUCUCAGGAAACUUGCCAUGGUUGUUAUUUUAAUUAAAGCGGGAUUGGGUCUUGAUCCCAUGGCUCUUAAGCGACUUAGCUGCACUGUACUUCGUCUUGCCUUUUGUCCUUGCCUCUUAGAGGCUGCCACUGUGAUGUUUGCUGCAAACAUAUUGCUGAGAAUGCCGUGGCUCUGGGGAAUACUCCUAGGGUGCGUUCUUGGUGCGGUAUCGCCGGCAGUCGUAGUUCCGUCCCUUCUUGGUCUAAAGGAGCAAGGCUAUGGUGAAGAUAAAGGGAUUGCGACGUUGGUAAUUGCUGCUUCCAGUUUGGAUGACAUUGCAGCCAUUUCUCUCUUUGGAAUUUUCUUAGGUCUUAUUUUCACUGAUCAAGGUGGAAAUCUUACAAUGCUGAUUUUGCAGGGGCCUAUUGAAAUAUUAAUAGGAAUUGCUUUUGGAUUAUGCUAUGGACUCUUGAUUGUUUAUGUUCCCCACCGAGAAGAAAGCAACAUAAAAAUCUGGAGAAUAUUGCUCCUGCUUGGUGGAGGUAUUUUGUCCGUGUUGGGAAGUGAACGAAUUGGAUUUGGCGGUGCUGGUCCCCUUGGUUUGAUUGUCGCAGCAUUUGUGGCAUCCAGUGGAUGGCUUUCAAAUCCUAACAACGCAAAUAUCACCAAAACGGUUGAAGGAUUUUUCUCUACGGCUUGGGUUAUUUUUCAGCCAAUUUUAUUUGGGCUGAUCGGAACUGAAAUAAAAUUUUCAGAAUUGGAAACUUCAACCCUGCUCUUUGGAUUAGCAGUCUUAUUUUUUGGCUUAUGUAUUCGAGUUACAACCGUAUGGCUUAUCACAGUAAAUGGAAUACUCAGCUUGAAAGAGAGACUAUUUAUCGCCAUCGCAUGGUUUCCCAAAGCGACUGUUCAAGCUCUACUCGCGCCGAUUGCCCUGGAUCUUGCUAGAGAAACAAAUGCACCUGAAGAAAUAAUUCAUUUAGGCGAACAGGUUUUAACUAUCGCUGUGCUCUCCAUCCUAGUCACCGCUCCUAUUGGAGCCGUAGCCAUUAAAUUUUCAGGUCCGCACCUUCUUAAUCAAGAGAAAAAAGAGCAAUCUUGACAAGAAAUAACGCCCAAGUGCAGAUUGGGUAAAUUGUUUUUAGCAAAUGAUGAUUAAUGGUCACGUUCACAUAAUUGUUUUUUUAAUUUGUUUGUUCCUGAUUUUCUUAACUUUCCCCCAACGUACCUUUUCAAUUUAUCUGUUAAAAAUGAGAUUACACAGGUAACAUUAUUUAUUGUUUUAUGUAAGUUUAGAUAUUAAUAUUAUGCAAUUUGCUUACUUACACAAAUAAAGCUCAAAAUCACCAACCGUGUGGAAAUAAU